GAAGUCAGAAGAAGAAACUUUCCCGAUCGUAAAGAGGCAGACCAGCGGAGGGUCAGCCCGCCUGUGCCUCACCUCGGCCUCUCCAUCGGCGCUUCGAGCAGCCAGGAUGAGUUUCCUCCUCUUCGCAGUCACUGCCCUCCACGUCCUCAUUCUCAUCUUACUUUUUGUAGCCACUCUGGACAAGUCUUGGUGGGUUUUGCCUAAUCAGGAUACAGUUAACAUCUGGUAUGACUGCAUAUUGGAUAACAAAACCCAGGUCUGGAGCUGCCAGUCAGUUUCUAAAAGUGAGUGGCUCUACGCAGUACAGGCCUUCAUGGUUUUAAGCCUCCUUUUCUCCAGUGCUGCCUUCAUUAUCUUCAUGUGCCAGCUCUAUACCAUGAAGCGAGGAAGCCUGUUUUAUGCCACCGGAAUCUUCCAGAUCCUUGCAGCUAUCUCAGUGUUCACCGCUGCCAUGAUCUACACAACGCACGUGGACGAAUUCCAAGAAGAUCGAAGGCCAGGCGGCUCAUAUGGCUACUGUUUUGUGCUGGCGUGGCUUUCCUUCCCCUUGGCUCUUAUCAGUGGAUUUGUUUACAUCCACCUUCGGAAAAAGGAGUAGCAGGCAACUAGGAGGUUUCUCUGUCUGUCCAGAAGGGGGCUUGUUCUCCUGGGAAUUUUGCUAUGUAUUAACCCUUUGCUGUUUUCAAAGGCAGUUAUGGUACCAAAACAUACAUGAUGCCUGGCUUGACCCGCGAGGGUUACUGCACUAUCGAUGCAUCACCUCUCAUUUGUGCUUUAUUGUGCAUUUUGCAUGGUACAGCAACACAAAGGUGUGUCAUCUUGCACUAGGCAUCUCCUUGGCCUCUGAGAUACUAUCCUACACUAAGGCUGCAAUCCUGAGUCACUUUCUUCAGAGUAAGCCCCACUGGACAGCAUGAGACUAACUUCUGAGUACUGCUUAGGAUUGCUCCCAAUGCGUGAUUAUUAUUUUUGUUUUUGCUAGCAAAAUGAUGAGUCAUGAUGCUGUGGAAUAUGCUGGUUCACAAGACAUGUCUUAUAUGUUCUUCAUACUUAAGUCCGUUUUAUGUUAGUUUUGUAGUGAAAAGCAGUUGCUUUUAGAAAAUAAUUACCAUUUAAAUUUCAAGCAACUUUUAUAUUUCCAAUAUGAGGAGUUUCCCUCUGCUCCUUCCUUGAUAUGCAGGGUGGUGAACCCCCCCCCCCCAAUACAAAUUGUUCUAUUUUACAAGACCAAAACUGUGUGAGAGAAUAUAGAUUCCAAUCUGAAGUCUUGGAACCUUUUAGAGUUUUAAGAGUGAAACUUGUAGAAAUAAAAAUAUUGUACAUGCAACCCUGACCUGGAGAGCCCAAUCUCUUUAGAACUCAGAAGCUAAGCAGCAUUGGCCCUGACUAGUAUUUGGAUGGGAGAUCUCCAAAGAAAACCAAGGGAUGUGAUAGGGAAGCAGGCAAUAGCUGAUCUCCUCUGAAUGUCUCUUGUCUGGAAAAUCCUGUGGGGUUGUCAUAAGUCAACUGUGACUUGACAUUGCCCUCUACCACAAAUGCAGAGGAAUGUGCAUGUGUUUUUUAAUCCGGAAAACAUUUAACGAACUCUCACUUGUUUCCAAACUUCCACUUAUACAUGCCAAGGAAUGCAGGGAUGUAAAAUCAGAACAGAUGGAUUGUUGUCACUAGUGCCACCCACAACAUUCGACUUUUAUUUCCCCUCCACACACUGGUACUGCAACUCCCACACACAGAGGGGUUUCGUGUGUGUCUUUACAAGCACUUUUAGAACAUUUGAGGCGUCCAUCUGUUUUGAAGUAGCAGCCAUAGAAGAUGCAGAGCCUGAAUGUGAGAAUCGCCCUCUACAGCUCUGUUCAUUGAUUUGCUGCAAUUGGCUGCACCUCCUUGCUUAGUAGACGCUCGGCGGCAAACCUGAUUUUGUGGUAUGUGAACUGAAAUAUAUAUGUUCAAUCGACAAACAUCUGUUUGCUUCUAAAAACUUCUACCGUAAGUACCCUCUUCCCUCCCCACAAGCAGUAACCAUUUAUAAGAACAUAAGAAAAGCAUGUUGGAUCAGGCCAAUGGCCCAUCCAGUAAUAAAGUAAUAGCUUACACACUCACACAUCUUGCUCCAAGGGUGAUGAGUCUGGAGAUUCUGGACUUCUCAAAAGAUGGUAUAAGAUGGGGAAAGAAACUAAAUAUAUCUGUCCCACUUCUAAAACCCAGAAGGUGUUCAAGUGUGUGAAUCCUUCCCAAUAGUUAUUUUGCCCACAAAUAAAAUGUGCCUUGGGGAUAUUAUUUACAAGUUUCAAAAAUAAGUUUCCUUCUUUCCAUGACAUUUCUGCAUCAAUAACAGUAUUAUAUAAUGUUGGCUCCUCCAAAAUCUACUUUUAUAUGCAAUUGAAGAAUUAAAAAUAAUAAAACAUAUUUCAAUAGA